CGGCGGUGGCGGCGGCGCGUCGUUCGCGGCGCCCAGUGCACCAUGGUGGUGGCGGCAGCGGCUACUGUAGAGGCUGCGGGAGGAGCGGCGGCGGCGGGAGGAGCGGCGGCGGCGGCGAGGGCGGCGGCGGCGGCGGCUUCGCCUGCGCCUGCUGGUGGUAGAAAAUGGCCGAUUUUGAGGAUUUGCGGAAUAUGGUUUCUAGUUUUCGGGUUUCUGAGCUACAAGUAUUGUUAGGCUUUGCUGGUCGUAAUAAAAGUGGACGCAAACAUGACCUCCUGAUGAGGGCUUUGCAUUUGCUGAAGAGUGGCUGUAGCCCAGCAGUUCAGAUUAAAAUCAGAGAACUUUAUAGACGGCGUUACCCACGGACAAUUGAAGGUCUUUCUGAUUUGUCCUCGAUAAAACCAUCAGUUUUCAAUUUGGACAGUAGCUCAUCACCUGUGGAACCUGACUUGACUGUUGCUGGAAUCCACUCAUUGCCUUCUACUUCAGUCACACCUCAGUCUCCUUCCUCUCCUGUUGGUUCAGUGCUUCUCCAAGAUACUAAGCCUUCAUUUGAGAUGCAGCAGCCAUCUCCCCCAAUUCCUCCAGUCCACCCUGAUGUUCAGCUGAAAAGCCUUCCCUUCUAUGAUGUUCUUGAUGUUCUUAUCAAACCUACAAGUUUAGUUCAGAGCAGUAUUCAGAGAUUUCAAGAGAAGUUUUUUAUUUUUGCAUUGACACCUCAACAAGUAAGAGAAAUAUGCAUUUCCAGGGAUUUUUUGCCAGGUGGUAGAAGAGAUUACACUGUCCAAGUACAACUAAGAUUGUGCCUAGCAGAGACUAGCUGUCCUCAAGAGGAUAAUUAUCCCAAUAGUCUGUGCAUAAAAGUAAAUGGGAAGCUGUUUCCUUUGCCAGGAUAUGCACCACCUCCCAAAAAUGGAAUUGAACAGAAACGCCAGGGGCGCCCCUUAAAUAUUACAUCUCUAGUUAGGUUAUCUUCUGCUGUGCCAAACCAGAUUUCCAUUUCAUGGGCAUCUGAAAUUGGAAAGAAUUACUCCAUGUCUGUAUAUCUUGUUCGACAGCUGACAUCAGCCAUGUUGUUACAGAGAUUAAAAAUGAAAGGUAUUCGAAACCCUGAUCAUUCCAGAGCACUAAUUAAAGAGAAGCUCACUGCAGAUCCUGACAGUGAAAUUGCUACAACCAGUCUUCGGGUAUCCUUGAUGUGUCCUCUAGGAAAAAUGAGGCUGACGAUUCCAUGUCGUGCUGUGACAUGCACACAUCUGCAAUGUUUUGAUGCUGCUCUUUACCUACAAAUGAAUGAAAAGAAGCCUACCUGGAUUUGUCCUGUGUGUGACAAAAAAGCUGCCUAUGAAAGUCUAAUACUAGAUGGGCUCUUCAUGGAAAUUCUCAAUGAGUGUUCUGAUGUGGAUGAGAUUAAAUUCCAAGAAGAUGGUUCUUGGUGCCCUAUGAGACCGAAGAAAGAAGCACUUAAAGUUUCAAGUCCACAGUGUACAAAAAUAGAAAGUUCAAAUGUCCUCAGUAAACCCUGUUCAGUGACCAUGGCCAGUGAGACAAGCAAGAAGAAAGUAGAUGUUAUUGACUUAACAGUAGAGAGCUCUUCUGAUGAUGAUGAAGAACCUCCUGCCAAAAGGAAAUGCAUAUUUAUGGCAGAGACACAAAACAGUCCAACCAAAGGGGUUCUCAUGUACCAGCCAUCUACUGUCAGGGUGCCCAAUGUGACUUCGGAUGCUGCUAUUCCACCUUCAUUAACAGAUUACUCAGUGCCAUUCCACCACACUCCAAUAUCAAGUAUUUCCUCAGAUUUGCCAGGUUUGGAUUUUCUUUCCCUAAUUCCAGUUGAUCCACAGUACUGUCCUCCUAUGUUUCUGGAUAGUCUUUCCUCAACCCUGUCAACAAGCAGCACAGCUGGAAACAUCAUCACAUCCACAAGCCCACAGGAAAGCAACACUCAUGUGACUUCAUCGGGCAGGAGUGAAACUGGGGUGAUAACCAGCAGCGGGAACAACAUUCCAGACAUAAUCUCAUUGGACUAAAGUGGACUCAUUGGACUACAGGAGUAAUUAGCCAGUGCUGCUCUUUCUUGCAUCUCUGGUCCAUGGAAUCUAUUUUAUUGCCAGUUAGUUUGAUAUUUAUUGAAAAGACAAAUGGAUUCUGUUACCUUCUGAAAAUGGAAGAAAAAAAGAUUAUGUGCGGCAAGAAGUAAAUUUAGCUUUGAAGGAUUUUUUUUUCUUAUUCAUAAAAUACUCUGAGUAUUAAAUAUAUUCAGCCGCAUUGCCAUCUUUUAAAAAAUGAUUUGUUUCUUAUGUUGCUGGAUGGAUUCUACAAACUGGUUAAAAGUAAGUUUUUGGUUGUACUACACAGCAAUAAAAUUAUGUAAAUAGUCAAACUUUUUUUCUAAUAAAAGGCAAUUAACUUCUAGAAAAAAGUAUGCCCACAUA